AAAAAUCAAGUAUACGCCAUGUCGCAAAUCGAGGAGGAGACACAGUGGCUGCGAUCUACAAUUCUCCCAAAGAUUUUGAAAAACGGGCGCUUGGUGGACAACUACAGCGAUGCAAAGGCGGACACUUUCCAGGUGGGAGACAUCAAGAUCGAUGUAAUUGGUCAUGCGGAGGCCUUUAUGCUAACCUUCUGCUACCGGGCCACCAUCACCUUCGAGUACGACCAAGAGAGUUUCCAGCGGAAGAUGGUCGUUAAGAAAACACCGAAUGUGCCGCCAGAUGUUUAUGAAAACAUUCAGUUCGGACCGCUCUUUAGCAAUGAGAUCGCAUUCUAUACAAGAAUUCUGCCAGAGAUUCAGAAAGCUGGUGGAACGUUCCCGGCCCCCAAGUAUUAUUACAGCGAGCUAAAUGAGAAUUCGGCGCUGCUCAUUCUGGAGGACUUCGCCGAACGGGGCUGGCGGGUGACCAAGGAUCGGAUGGGUCUAAGCCUUGAACACGCCAUGGUUGCAGUCGAGUACCUGGGCAAGUUCCAUGGCUUCACUUAUGCCAUAAAGCACAAGAAUCCGCAGAAGUUCGCCGAGCUGACCAGCGGGUUAAAGGAAUCACGCUACGAGAGCGAUGUGGUUCAUCCGGAAUGGGAUCUCACCAACCAGACGAGCUUUAAACGGGCGAUCAAGGCGGUGAAGACCUAUCAGCCCCAAAUCGAUGAGAAAUUCGUAAGGCAUUUGUUCUUCCUGAUCGCGGAUUACAAUUUGUAUGGUAGACAGAGAGUGGCACCCAGAGAGCCCAUGUGCACACUUUGCCACGGGGAUUAUGUGAGGAACAAUGUAGCGUACAAGUACAUUGAUCAGGAGGAGCAGGAACCCAGGGAGAUCAUGAUGUUCGACUACCAAACCCUUCGGGUUUCCUCGCCCAUGAUUGAUCUAUCGUCUUUCCUGGCCAUAUCUGUUUAUGCCGACGUGCGGUAUCCCAACUUUGAUGACAUCUUCGAAAGAUAUUGCUCUUCACUGCAUAACAGCUACUUGGAGCACUCCAAGGAUUCCGAUAUUCCAGCCUUCAUGAGUCGAGCGGAGCUUCUAAAGGAGUAUGUGCGUUUCCUGCCCUUCGGCAUCUUCAUUACGGCUACAUUCCUUAUGAGCCUGGUGGAGCCCUUGGACAUGUCACAGGAUGAGAUGUUUGCCCUGCAGUUAACGGAUGAGGAGAUUAUCGAGCGUUCUAUGAAACAGGGCGGUGAAAUAGUGAAUCGGGAGGUUGCCCACCAGGUUAAGGAGAUGUUGGAGUUGAGCCAAUUGUGUGGCGUCUCCAUAGACGAUGGCAUUGACUUGGAAAAGUUGCCAUGUGUGUUCCCUAUGAAUUAACUAAAUCUAUCAAUCCAAUAAGAUAUUAAUACAUAUAAGUAUUACUCUGUUUAAUUAACAAAUUUAUAUAUUACUCUUAGCUCAAAUAAAUCAAAAUCGAACUUCCAACUCUGGUUUUCUCUUAAUCCCAUAAAGAGCGGGGCUAGCCUAUAAAAGCUGCUUACUGCGCUCAAGAGAGUUUAUUUAGUGGCUGGAACCCAAACGUUUGGGAUCUAACAAGCACUAUGUCACAGAUCGAGGAGGAAACUCACAGGUUGGAGACAUCG